UCGCUGGGUCAGGUUUUGGGCUUUGGUGCACGGCGUUGUCGGAGCGCUUACUGCCCGCAGCAGCCCGUUAACAGCCGGGGAGGUGGGUGCUGUGCUCUGAAAUCUGUCUCUCUGGCACAAAGCUGAGCCGCGCUCUUAACGCAGAGGCAGGAUGAGAGCUCCCCGUGCUGCACCAGCGAUCAGGACGUGCUGUCUAGACGAGAUGGGUAACGCCGUCUUGCACAAGGCACCGAGCAACAGGAAAAAGGGCUUUGGGAGGAUCUGAGCAGAGCAAAAAUAAAGCUUUCCUGUGCCGAAGAGAAUUGUGCUCUGAAACAGCCAGGGAGCAACAGACACAGCUACUCCGGGAGGCGGCUUGGUCAGCUGCUGGCUUUCUGGUGCGUAUGCAGAAAAUGCAGCUAUUUGCACCUGGGGAGUAAAUGAGUGCCAAAGAGCCAGAAGAUUAAGUGCUGAGUACAAUUGCAAAAGGUUCCUUGUCUCUGUCCAAAUGUAGGUUUGCAUACUGAGCGGGUACAAAAUGGCCUAGAAAAAAAAAAAAUAAUAAAAUCCAGGCUUUUAUGUUUCCUUCUGAGUUUCCCCUUUCCUCUUGGGUGGGUAGAGAUGUAUUUUGCUUUCUUAUGGAGAUGUGUGCUCAGAUAUGCUGGUGGGAGACAGCGAUUUGGCUCCCACUGUACUGGCUGUGGUCCAGCGCCAGUGAUAUUUGUUAUCUGAGAUGUCAGUAAAAUAGCAGUGAAAAGAGAUGCCGCUGACUCAGUUGUGCUGCGGCUUAUUAACCAAGUUCUGACUCAGCCUGCAAAAUUCAUUUUUAUUUUUUUUUUUUUAGAAACCCCCGCUGGACAAGGCAAGGCUGAGCUGGAGAUGAUGCUUUUAAUUAAUUUAUUUUUUUUAACAGCGUGUUGAUGAGCCUUGCAGAAGGGGCGCUUGCAUUCACCUUGGGAAGGGCUCUUGGUGCCCUGGGCAGGAGCAGGGAGAGGAUCCUGCGACCACUCCGGAGGAGCAUUUGUAAAGAGCUGACUGCUGAGAGCGGGUGGCCGAGCGCAAGGCUAGGGGGUGGCAUGCGGUGGGACCCCCCCCGUCCUGCCCGCCCGCUGCUGCCCGCCUCCUCGAGCUGAUUUCUGCCUUCUCCUGCCAGGCUGUGCGCUGCGAGCGCUCCCACGCAGCCCCCGGGCUCCUGCCGCUCCUAAUGCAGGAGUAAUUUUUGGCUGUGACACCGAGACUGCUGGGCUCCGCGGGCUGCGAAGGGUCUGUGAAAGGUGCCGAAGAAAAGCAAAUUUCUCCUCGCUGGGCUCAAAUUAUGCUGUGUGGGGUCUGCAUUGCCGUGGGAGAUCUCUCAGGAGCUCAGGCUGAAAGAGGCUGAUAAUUACUGAUCUCACUUGGUAGCGAAAGGAAAAUGCAUCCCACGCCUCCUGCUCUGCGGCAUUGUCCUGGGCUAGGGCAGUGCCAACGUCUUGCACCCGUUAAGGAGAGGGCAAAGGGAGGGGAUGAGGGUUGUGCAGCCCUGGAUAAGAAGCCAGAGCUGGGCUCCUGCUCUUGCUGGAGCCCCCAGGGGAAAGGAGCUUUGCUGGGGAGCAACUUGGGGCAAGAACCUCCCUGGUCCUGCUGCGCUCUCCCUGCUUUCCUUGUCCGUGCUGGGCUUUGCGUGCUGGUGCUUGCUGGUGCCGUGGUUGGAGCAGCUCCUGGGAUGGAUUGGAGCUUGGGCAAGUGCCUCUUCCUCCAUACCCCGAGAUCUCAGUGUGGCAGCAGCCCUGGGACAUGGAGAAGGUGCCAGACCCUGUCUGACGGUUGAAGAGCACCAGAUUUCUCCAUGUGGCUGCAGAAAUCCUGGGAGCUACUGUCCCGCCGCCGCCUGGGUAGGCUCCGGCCACGCUCCUCCCUCAGUGCCUCUCGCUUCUCCUCUAUCGGCCCUCCCGGGGGCCUCUCAGAUAUUGCAUCUUCCCUUGCCAAACCUCCGUCUCGCUCUGAUCAGUGCCUGCGGUGCGCUCCUCGCCGCCUUCUUCCUCUCCCUGCACGAGGAAGCUUCUGCGCCGCCGCUGCCACGCACGGGCGAAGGACGCGGUCAUGCUUCCCGGCGCUCGCGGAGAUGCUGAGGUGCCUGGGCCGGACCAGGAGGGAGCAGUCCCUCAGGGGAGAGCGUCCCACGGCGAGGAGAAGCCAGGACUGCCGCUGUGCAGGAAGCUCUGCUAUGCCAUCGGGGGCAUCCCCUACCAGAUGACAGCCAACGCCCUGGGGUUUUUCCUCCAGAUCUUCCUGCUGGACGUCGUGCAGCUGGAACCCUUCCACGCCUCUCUGAUCCUUUUCCUCGGAAGAGCCUGGGACGCGGUUACUGACCCUGCUGUUGGCUUCCUGGUCAGCAAGAGCCCGAGGAGAAAAUACGGCAAGCUGAUCCCGUGGAUUGCGUGCUCCAUGCCGUUCGGGGUGCUCUGCUACUGCAUGAUGUGGUCCACCCUCGCGGACGGCGCCCCCGUCUCCCUGAAAUUCCUGUGGUACCUGUUCACGUACAACUUCUUCCAGAUUUGCAUGACUUGCUACCACGUGCCCUACUCUUCCCUGACAAUGUUCCUGGGAGGAAACCAGAGAGACCGAGACUCGGCCACCGCCUACAGAAUGGGGAUGGAGGUGUUCAGCACGCUGCUCGGCUCAGGAAUCCAGGGGCAGAUGGUGGGCGCUUACCACGGCCACACGACGAAUGGCUGCUCCUUCGGGAACGGGACCCUGCCCAACAGCAGCACCCCCAGCCUCGCCGGCUCGCUGGAGGUCACGCGCAGAGCCUACGUGUCUGCCUCCCUGGUCCUGGGCUCGAUCUACUGCCUCUCCUGUCUGAUUCUUGUCUUUGGGGUCAGGGAGCAGCCGGGGCCCCUCAGCCCCCUGGGGAAGGCUGGGCUGCCCUUCACGAGCUGCCUGAGGACGAUCGUGGGACACAAGCCCUACACCCAUCUGCUCUGUGGCUUCCUCUUCGCGUCCCUGGCCUUCCAGGUGCGAGAGCUGCCUCGGCAGGAGGAGAGCUCAGGGGUGAGAUGUCCGCGCACGUUAUCAUGGCAGCGAACUCAGGACCCUACGAAUGUCCCCGUGUCGCCUUCCCAGGUCAUGCAGGGGAUUUUUGCUUUCUUCUGUACUCACGCCGCGGGGCUGGCCGGGAAGUUCCAGCACUUGGUGCUCAUCAUGCUGGUCACAGCUUCCCUCUCUAUCCCCUUCUGGCAGUGGUUUUUGGGGAGAUUUGGGAAGAAAACGGCAGUGACCUUGGGCCUGGCGCUGAUCAUCCCGGCCCUGGUGGCCAUCACCCUGGUGAGCCACAACUUCCCGGCCUUCGUCCUCCUGAUGGUGGUGGCAGGCUGCAGCUCGGCCGUGCUCUACCUCCUGCCCUGGUCCAUGCUGCCCGAUGCAGUGGAUGACUUCAUGCUGAGGAACCCCAACUGCCUCAACCUGGAGGCUCUCUUCUACUCCUUCUACGUCUUCUUCAACAAGUUUGCAGGUGGCCUUGCCGUGGGGAUAUCGACGCUGGGUUUACAUUUUGCAGGUUACCGCGCCAGAGACUGCACGUACAACCCCUCCGUCACCCUUGCCCUGAAGCUUCUCAUGACCCCGGUCCCGAUCAUCCUGCUGCUCAUCGCCAUAACCAUCUUCUGCCUCCAUCCCAUCAACGAGGAGCGGAGGAAGCAGAUGAGGAUGGAGCUGGAGGCGAUGGGGCGUCAGGCGCGGCGCGGCAGCUCAGACCACCACCAGGGCUGAAUCGGUGUGAAGGAUGUUUCUUGCGAGUGCCCGAGUCCAUGGUCGGGUGCUGGAGUGUGCUGCCCUCUGCCACUACGUUGCUUUCAGCCUCGCUGCCUGCAGAUUUACGAACGAGCAAGAGCCUUUGAACAACGAGGCAACACUCCGCUUGCUGGGGUUUUAAAGUCCCGCAGCAGGCAUGAGUUAUGUUCAAAGGCACACGUUCCUUGGGCCAGAGGCGUGGGCUGAUCGGGGGCUCCCACCCUGCAGCACGUGCCGGCAGCGGGCUCCAGGCUCCUGCAGCACGGGACCCAACGUGGUGCGGAGCUGGGAGCGGCUGCUGGCUUCUGUGGUGCCUGUUGUAUGGGAAAGUACUUCUAUAUACCAAAAAAUGUCUUUUAUUUUUUAUGCUAUUAAAUCUGAGUGGUCACGCUUU